AUGUAUGGUAUCAUCUUCAGUAAAGUCGCCGGUUUAUCGGCUUGGACAGCUCUGGUUGCCCUGAGUGUACCAUACCUGUCCGAGACUUUUGCCCCCCAGAUCUCAUCACUCACCUCCUUGGUCGCUGACCUUCCUAUACCUGACCAUCCUCUCGCAAAGCCCCUGAAACUCUUCCGGAACACAACAAAAUCUACAGAAGAACAUCAACAUCCUUUCUUCUGUGAUGUUUCCCAUCCAUACAGGACCGAGCUCGUCUCUCUCGACCCCUUGAUCAUAUACAUCCACAACCUCAUAACACCGUCGGAGAUCACCUCACUCCUCGACACAGCCGAACCCAUGUUCAAACCAUCGGUGGUAACCAAGCAUGGCCGUCAACAACAGACGCAAGACCGCACGUCGAGUUCGGCUGGACUACCACGCCAUGACCCUGCCGUCAAGUGCGUGUUGAAUCGGGCGCGAGGGUUCAUGGGAACGAUGUUGAGGGAUGGCUGGGACGAGAUGGGACCACCGCAGUUGGUUCGGUACCGGGCCGGUCAGAGGUUCAACGUUCAUCACGACUGGUUCGACAGGCCGCUGUUAGCCAACGACGGCAGCAACAGGGUGUGGAAUCGCGUUGCCAGUUUCUUUGCCAUCCUUCAGGACAACUGCACCAAAGGCGAGACACACUUCCCACAUGCGAAGCCCAUUGUAUUGCCGAGUCCGUGGAAUGAACCCAUGUGGCGUGGCGGACUGGAGGAUCAAAAGCUAAAGAACGCGACCGAGUUGAAGCCUCUUUGGCGGGAGCAUGAGGAUGGAGGGUUGGCAUUCAGACCGGUUGCUGGCAAUGCUAUCUUCUGGGUUAACCUUCAUGCCAACGGGACUGGUGAUGAACGGACAACCCAUGCUGGACUUCCACUUGGGGAUGGGCUCAAGACGGCGAUGAACAUCUGGCCUAGGCGAUACUGGCCUUAUGAGUAA